AUGCUGAGGCAGUGGUCGGUGCAGGCCCCAGGGGAGCCAGAACCUGAGCCGGCGGGCGAGGAGCUGUGGGAGCAGGAGAUGGAGCGGCUGUGCUCCUCCCAGGAACCUCUGCGGGUGCUGCCCUACGCCAUGGUGGACAAGCGCUUCAUCCGGCAGCUGCGGGAGCCCGAGGGGGUGAAGACCUCAUGCUGGCAACAGUGGCGUCACAGGCAGCAGACUGCAGGACGGCGCCUGGGGGAGGCAGCACGGCGGCUGGCCCGGGGCUGUGGGCUCUGGGAGGGGGCUCUCUACGAGAUCGGGGGCCUCUUUGGCACCGGAAUCCAGUCCUACUUCAUCUUUCUUCGCUUCCUGCUGCUGCUUAACCUGCUGACCCUACUUCUGACCACCAGCUUCGUCCUGCUGCCCCUGACCUGGCUCCGCCCCCCUGACAGAGGACCUGCUCUGAACUUCACCCUCCAGUGUCCUGGUGGCCACCAACCCCAGACUGGUGUUCCCAAGUUCAACAAUCUACUCUGGAAUGUUUUAACCGGCAGGGCCCUCAACAACACCUAUCUCUUCUACGGCGCGUACCGAGCGGGGCCUGAGAGCAGCUCAAUGUACAGCAUCCGCCUGGCCUACUUCCUGAGCCCACUGGCCUGCCUCCUCCUCUGCUUCUGUGAGAUUCUACGGCGGAUGGUGAAGGGGCUGCCUCAGAAGAUGUUCCUGGGCCAGGACUACAGGUCACCUCUCAGCGCCAAGGUCUUCUCUUCCUGGGACUUCUGCAUCCAGGGGCAGGAGGCAGCCAACAUCAAGAAGCAUGAGAUCAGCAACGAGUUCAAGGUGGAACUGGAGGAGGGGCGUCACUUGCUGAUGGUGCAGCAUCAGACCCGGGCUCAGAGGGCCUGUCACCUGCUCACCUACCUGCGGGUCAACAUCCUCAUCGGGCUCCUGGUGGCUGGGGCCAUCAGUGCUAUCUUCUGGGCCACCAAGUACUCGCAGGACAACAAGGAGGAGUCCCUGUUUCUGCUGCUCCAGUACCUGCCCCCUGGGGUCAUCGCCCUGGUCAACUUUCUGGGUCCCCUGCUGUUUGUUUUCCUGGUCCAGCUGGAAAACUACCCUCCCAACACUGAGGUCAACCUCACCCUUAUCUGGUGUGUGGUGCUGAAGCUGGCCAGCCUGGGAAUGUUCUCCUUCUCGCUGGGCCAGACUGUGCUGUGCAUCGGCAGAAACAAGACCAGCUGUGAGUCCUACGGCUACAACGCAUGUGACUACCAGUGCUGGGAGAACUCGGUGGGGGAGGAGCUGUACAAACUCAGCAUCUUCAACUUCCUCCUCAUGGUGGCCUUCACCUUCCUUGUCAGCCUGCCUAGGAGGCUGCUGGUGGAUCGGUUCUCGGGCCGGUUCUGGGCCUGGCUGGACCGGGAGGAGUUCCUACUGCCCAAGAACGUGCUGGACAUCGUGGAGGGACAGACGGUCACCUGGAUGGGCCUCUUCUACUGCCCCCUGCUGCCCCUGCUCAACAGCAUCUUCAUCUUCCUCACCUUCUACAUCAAGAAGUACACCCUGCUGAGGAACUCCAGGGCGUCCCCUCGGCCAUUCCGCGCCUCCAGCUCCAUCUUCUUCUUCCAGCUGGUGCUCAUCCUGGGCCUGCUCCUGGCCGCUGGGCCCCUGGGCUAUGUGGUCAGCAGCAUCCGUUCCUCCUGGGACUGUGGCCUCUUCACCAACUACUCAGCCCCCUGGCAGGUGGUCCCAGAGCUGGUGGCCCUCCGGCUUCCACCCGCUAGCCAGCGCAUCCUCCACUACCUGGGCUCCCACGCCUUCAGCUUCCCCCUCCUCAUCCUGCUCAGCCUUGUCCUGACCGUGUGCGUCUCCCAGUCCCAGGCCAGCGCGAUGGCCAUCCGGGGGCUCCGGAAGCAACUGGUGUGGCAAGUGCAGGAGAAGUGGCACCUGGUGGAUGACCUGUCGCGGCUGCUGCCGGAGCCGGGCUCCGGCGACUCUCUGGGGCCUGAGUCCUCUCACUCCCGAGGUUCGCGCCCGAGAUCCUUCUGCCCCGGAUUCCCGUGCCCGGGCUCCCCGGGACCCAGGGCCCCCAGGCCGGAGCCCUCCCUUGAGGAUCCCGCCGGGUUGCGCGGUGUCCAGGUCCCCGCCCGUAGAUGCCGCUUCCCCAACGGUUCGGAGCUGUAG